CAGAUCCGGGGAAAGGUUUACAAGUAUUUAGUUGAGAUCUACACUGACAAAGGAAAUCUCGAUUUCUUUAAAGUAUUCAUAUCUUUUUUUUUUUGUUGUUCGUUAGUCUAGAAUAGUUUUUGUUUCCAGCAGGAAUGGAUUCGUAUAGAAAACACAUCAAAUCAGACUGCGACGCUUUGCUAAAUCGGUUCCAACAAACCCAGUCGAUCCGCUUCGAGGUUUUCUCUCAAAUUUGGAAGGAAAUGAAGUUUUCUCUGAUCUUCAGCGGCACACCAAACCACAAAAAGCGGUUGCUCUUUCGCCUGGCCCUGAACGUUGCAUACAGCUACUUCCUGCCGCCGUUUAGUUUCCAGAUCCGUGUGGGUGGGCUCUACUUGCUUUACAGCUUUUACCAUUGCCAGACUGGCCCCGCUUUUGAACGGAUUUGUGUGGCUUUGAAGGACUUCGACGAUAUAAAGCAUUUUGAGAAAGAAGCAGUGGACGCUCAGCACUUUGAUGUUGUCUACGUCUUAAAACGGCUAAUGAAUUGUAAAGCUUUCCACUUCACUGCUAUGCCAACUCAUCUUAUAUAUAGAACAAAGAGGAGUAUGGAGAAGUCAGCGUUGUGUGAGCAGUUCAUAGAACGAGCAUCUCGUCCACAGGAACUAAUCCAUACUCAUCUACUCGAGGAAAUGGCAAACGUUGAUGAGCUGUACAAAAACAUGAAGGCUUCCUGCACAGCUGAGAUGUCAACACGAGAAAGUACCUCUGUUAACCUGAUCCGACCUGAAAUAGUCUCUCAGCUCUUCAGUACUGCGUUGGAUUUCUACAACUGGCAACAAGAAAGGGAGACGACUGAUGAAGACAAAAACAGCCCAGAGAAGUUUUCGUCUCAACAGGAGUCUUCCAACAGAGCCAGGCUCCUGGCAUCCAUCAAAUCAAAGGCUUUUGGAGAAGCAUCAGAGACUUCAAAGUCACGCCGCCAUCGUCCGGUUGAGAGGGAUUUGACUGCUGAAGAGGGGGGAUCCUUUUUAAGGCCCCGUAAUCCCAGAGUAAUUAAACCAUCUCUCAGAAAAAGGACUACUGACCAACUCUACGUGACAGGUGAUCUCGCUAGAGAAGUUCAAAGGCCAACUUUCAUAAACCAGCUUUGUUCCCUGGACCCCUCCUUUGAAGAAAAACAGAAAAACGACAAAAAAAUCAAGUGAACACUUCAAAGUCUUACCAAAGUUUUAUUGUUUUGAAAGUUCAGUUAUGCUGAAUAAAUUUUUUGUACAUGAAAUGGUCA